CCAAGGAUUACCAAUGGCUCCAGACCUUUGGAUUUUAUGAUCUUCUAAAUGUCAGAAGGGAUCUUAUAACAGGCAAGUAUAACAAGCAAGAACUGGUUCAGUGUUUUAUUAUAUUAGAAAAUCUGUUUCAACAUUACUGUGAAAUCAUUUUUCUUUUGUUCCAUGAACAGUGCAGAAAUCAGCAAGUCUUACUUCCAGAUGUCUCGGACUCUUCAGAACAAUUAGAAACUGUAUUUAAUAUGCAGUUUAAAAUUACAAGAUCUGAACUAUUUUCAUUCAAAUAUGAACCAUAUCUCUAUUGACUGAGGAUUUUUUCAGUCUUAGUUCAUCUUACAUCUCAUUGUAGUUUUGGUAUAUGCUCUUUCCUUUCUGUUCUAAUGUAUUUCCCGAUUAUUUUUACUUAAGUACAUGAGCAUUAAAGGCAUUGAAUUGAAGACACUAGAUAGUGUUUACAAUUCAAUAAUAUUUUAUUCUCUUGUUCUAUUGAAAUUGGUGAUGAUGCUUCCUUAAUUUCGUGGUGAAUUAAAUGUAAUACAUUUUAAGGGUUUUCAUAUUUUUAGACCUAAUUUUCUGUCCCACAAAUGAUCAUUUCUUAGUUUUUUCCCAUUAAAUUAUGUUUGGUAGUUAUGUAUUAUGACUCCUGUUUACCAUCUGGCCUCUUCAGUAUGCCUUUUCCAGACUAUUCAAUCAGUCCAGCCCUAAUGCCCUCAGAUUUUAGAACUAUUAGUGGUGAUUUUAUAUAAAUAUAGUUAAUAAAAAUUUGUCCUAGAGGAACAUUUUGGAAACCUUUUGCAUUUUUCUAACUAAAAGUAAAAACUUGAGUAAACCACAAAUAUCAUAAAAAGUAGACAGCCACUGUUAAGACUAUCAUCCUAUCUUUAAUAUCUUUAAUGUCUUAUUUGUUUAUUUAGUUUUGCAAAUGUGAGUUCAUACUAAACAAUUAUAAAUUCUGCCUUUUUUUCACUUAAUACUGUAUUUGAUGAUUUCUUCCUAUAACAAUUUCUCACUGAAAUAUAGAAAACUGUUUUAAUAGCUAUAGAAUAUUCUUCUAAAAUUUAUUCUUUUGUAGACUGUUUUAGUUUUUAUCCUCAGUUUAUCACUAUAUGUAUCUAUUUAUCCUAUUUCUGAUUUUCCUUCAGGAAAAAUUCCUAGAAAGUACUCAGAGGCCUUAUAGUCAGUUCCUUUUUGUUUAAGGGAUUAGCUCUUCUAAAUUGUUUUCCAAGAAUGGACAGUUUGCAUUAUUACCAGCAGUGUAUUAGGAUACCCAUUUCACCGAACACUUACUAGCAUUAAUUUAUUUUAAAAACAGUUUCUCCUUUUAUUCCUGAGGCUCUCUAAGGGUUAUCUAUCAGUUAUCAAAUAAUCAAUGCUUUCAGUAUCACUAAAUCAGCCUAGCAGUUUACUAAUUUAAUGUGUUUAGGUAAAGAUAGAUAGAUGAUUUUUUUCCUUUUACACUCAAAAUUCUUUAAAUAUUUUUUUCUUGGUCACAAAAUUGUUGCCUUUACAAUGAGAUCUACUUUAUAAUUUAACAGCCUCUAAAAAAUAACAGACUGAGAAGAAAAAUACAUAGAAGUAUCAAAACAGGAACAGAGUACUAAUUUGUUGAUUAUUUCUAAGCUUAGUUAAUGGAUAUAAGCUUUGGAAAUAUGUAUAGUUACAUUUAUGUUUUAUUCAUUUUCGUGCCAUUUAUAUUUAAGUGUAUUAUAUGUUAAUAAAAGUUAUGUGAUACAUAUCCAGAGUGACAAAUAUAGUAAUAUAUAAGCAAUAAAUUCACUUGUUAUUCAUUCUGAUUACUUUGAAUCAGCAAUCUGAUAUGUGCUAUACGAUGUGCAAUCUUUGAGAAACCAGUACUUCAAUUAAGGAGGAAAAGUGAAGACUUUUAGAAAUAUGUCAUCUAAUACUUUUUUUUUAUGUUAUGUUAAUAACCAUACAUUACAUCAUUAGUUUUUGAUGUAGUGUUCCAUGAUUCAUUGUUUGCAUAUAACACCCAGUGCUCCAUGCAGAACGUGCCCUCUUUAAUACCCAUCACCAGGUUAACCCAUCCCCCCACCCCCCUCCCCUCUAGAACCCCCAGUUUGUUUUUCAGAGUCCGUCCUCUCUCAUGGUUCAUCUCCCCCUCCGAUUUCCCCCUCUUCACUCUUCCCCUCCUAUCUUCUUCCUUUUUUUUUUUUUUUUAACAUACAAUGUAUUAUUUGUUUCAGAGGUACAGGUCUGUGAUUCAACUAAUUCUUAUUUAAAAUAAAAUUGUGAAGGCUGUUAAUGAAGAACUUAUCAGUUCUGGGUCUUAAUUUUCACAUAUCUAAAAUGAACUGAUGGGACUAGAUUUCCAAAAUCCUUUAGUCACUAACUUUUUGAAUUUUAGGUCCCUUCAGAUUUUAUGGAGUAUAAAUAAGAACCAGUAAUGUAAUACUCUUUUUUUGCCACAGUGUUGGACCAAUAGGUCAGGGAAAUAUCCAAGAUAUCAUAUUGUUCAGUAGGCUAUUGAAGAUAGAAUUAUUGUGGUUAAGAAUACGAUCUUUGGAUUCGGCAGGCCUGGAUUUGAAUCUAGAUUUCUCUAUUUAAGUUCUGUAAGAUCUUGAGCAAGGUAUUUCACCUCUCUAUUGGUGUCCCAAUUUCCUGAAGUGCAAACUGGAAGUAAUAAUUAUAUCUACCUCAGAGAGUUGUCAUGAGAAUAUAUGGUGUUAUUGAAUAUAUAUGUAAAUUCCUCAGCAUGAUGUCUGACAUAAAAUAAGCACUGAAUAAUUGUUAGUUAUUAAUAGUAAUCUGUGAUAUCCUUGUGGGCAGGAUGUAGAAAUAUUAUCCAAAGAAUUAAUUGCUGAUAAUCCUUGAAGAAAUUUUCCAGACCUAUGUGUGUGGGUUGUAUUUUCAAGGAGUAUUUGGGCUAGCAGUUUUAUUUUCAUAUACAUGAGUUUUAUUUUCACACUGUUCAAAUUUCCAGAUGAUGUAAAGCUGAGAAAAAUAAUGAAUAUAUUGAAUAACAAAAUGGAAGUCUGAAAUGAUCUGAUCAUCUAGAGUAGGAUCAGCAAACUACAGCCUGUGGGUUAAAUAUGGCCUACCACCUAUUCUUAUAAAUAAAGUUUUAUUGGAAUACAACCACACUGUCAUUUACAUAUUAUCUAUGGUUGCUUUUGUGCUACAAAACAGAGUUCAGUAGUUGCCAAAGAGACUAUAUAUGGUCCACAGAGCCUAAAAUAUUUACUCUAUGGCUUUUACAGAAAAGGUUUGCUGACCCCUGGUCUAAUGCAGUAGCUUUCAGAAUUUUUAAAUUCCAGCUCGCAAUGGGCUAUAUAUUUUACUUGCUGAUCCUGUACAUACGUUUCAGUGAUUAAAGUAUUACCAAUGCUAGAGUAUAGGGUUGCCAGCUUUAUUUAGCAAGUAAAGAAACUAUAUCUGGAACAUACUUAUACUAAAAAAAAAGUAUUUAUUGUUUAUCUGAAAUUAAAAUUUAACUGGUGUCCUGUAUUUUAUCUGCAACUCCAUCUGGUUGUUACCCCCAGAGAGUUUGAUUUAAUUGGCUUGGGAUGUGGCCAAGGCAGAAAGAUUUUUAAAAGCUUCAUUUCUGAUUCUCGUAGGCAGCCAGAGGUGAGAUCCACUGGUCUAGCAAUCAUAAAAGUCUGAAGUAGGUCACUGUGGUGGAAAUGUAAUACAAGCAUUCAAUUCAAGAGAGAUUCACACAGCAGAGACUGGGAAAAAUUGAAAAUUAGGGGAAAGGAGAAGGUGGUGAUGUUAAGGAUCUAAUAGGAUCUGCUGAGCAGGGAGCCCUGAUGCUGGGCCAGAAGGAGGUCCUUGACUCUGUUCAACAAUGUAUGGAAGUUCAAACAAGCGCAAUAAGGCCAUAUACUCCUAUGAAAGGAGGAAUCUCCAGUGUAUGGUUUGACAGACUUAAAAUAUCUAAUGACUGCCCAGAACACCUUGAAUCAAUCAAUAUAAUGUGUCAAGUGCUUACCGAUUUGAUUGAUGAUGAAAUAAAAAGUGGGAUCAAGAAGAAUAGAAUAUUAGUAGGAGGAUUUUCUAUGGGAGGGUGCAUGGCAAUGCAUUUAGCAUAUCGAAAUCAUCAAGAUGUGGCAGGAGUAUUUGCUCUUUCUAGUUUUCUGAAUAAAACAUCUGCUGUUUACCAGGCUCUUCGGGAAAGUGAUGGUGUGCUCCCUGAAUUAUUUCAGUGCCAUGGUGCUGCAGACGAGUUAGUCCUUCAUUCUUGGGGUGAAGAGACAAACUCGAUGUUAAAAUCCCUAGGAGUGAGCGCGAAGUUUCAUAGUUUCCCGGGUGUUUACCAUGAGCUAAGCAAAGCUGAGCUAGAAAAACUGAAGUCAUGGAUUCUUACAAAGCUUCCAGGAGAACUGGAAAGGCAAAGUGAAUGAAUCAAGGUUGAUUUGUUAAUCUACAUGUCAUGCCUCUGCGAAAAGUGGUUUUUACUGCCAAAUUACAAUUUGAUAAAUGAUAAUUAAAAUAUUAAUAAAUAUGAAGUGUACUGAUUUAUUUAGUAGUUAUUGAGAUGCUUAACACCACAGACGUAGCAUCGUCUUAUUAAUGGUAAAUAUUUAGACAAACAUCUGUGGAUUGUUUUUCAGAUACAUUUGUAAAUGGAGAUCUUUUGAGUAAUUAAAUAUUUAAAUUUAAAAAAUAAUGUAAAGUGGGUUUAAGUAAGGGCAGUGAGAAGACAUGAAGAGGCUUAAUAUGGCAUUUUAUUUAAAAGUGUCCUAUUUUGUUCCCAAAUAUUUGGGAAUAUUUUAGAUACAUUUGUUCCUGAUUUCUAAUUUAAAUCCAUUGUGGUCAGAGAGCAUACUCUGUGUUACUAUUUUGUCUAUGUUCAUGAAGGAUAUUGGUCUGUAGUUUUUUUGACCCCAUAAAAUGAAUUGGGAAGUGUUUUCUCCUCUUCUGUUUCCUGGGAGAAAUUGUAUAAAAUUGGUAUUAAUUUUUUCUUUAAAUGUCUGUUGGAAUUCUCUAGUGAAACCAUGUGGGCCUAGAGAUUUCUGUAUACUGUACCCUUUUAGCUCAUCACAUUCUACCUUCAAGUUCAUUAUACCACCUCACACUUAGUAUAAGGACCUUCCGUUUUUCCCUUCCUGGUCUUAAUGCUUUUUUUCCCACUUGUAAAUAUGCUAUAAAUAGCAUGUACCAUAAAUCUGACAACAUAUUACAACUAUCUUAUUUAAAGUCCGUUUUCCUUUAAAUCAACUUAAAUAAUGAGGAAAACAUCUUAUAUAUCUACCUGUGUAGUUACCACCUCCUGUGCUCUUCAGUUAUUUUUGUGCUGAUACAUGUUUCUGGUAUCCUUUUCAUUCUGCCUGAGGGACAUCGUCUAACUAAAUAAUUCCACUGUAAAUGUGCUGUUAAUGAAUUCUUUCAGCUUAUAUGUCUUAGGAAGCCUGUGUUUUACAUUUGUUUUGAAAAGGUACUUUUCACGGAGUAUGAAAUUCUGGAUUAACAUUUUUUUCUUCAGUAUUUUAAACAUGGUGUUCCACUCUCUUCUUGCUAACUUUAUUUCACACAGUAUAUCUGUUGUUAUUAUCUUUGUUUUUCUGUUAUCUAAUGUUUCGUUGUGUUUUUGUUUUUGUUUUACUCUUGAUGUUUUUAAGAGUUUAUCACUGAUUUUGAGUAAUUUGAUUGUGAUAGAUAUUGGUCUGGGGGUUCAUGUUUCUUAUCUUUGUGGUUCCUUCUCAUCUUUUUGGGUGGUUCUUUCUCUGGUUUCGGAUAGUCUGCUUGCACAUGUGUGUCAUAAGUACUCUGCUGAAUAAUCCAGGUAAACUGUGUCUAGGUGUCUGGAGUUCUCUUUCUGUGCAGCUCGCUCUUCUCUGGUACGCCAUCCUACAAACUCUAGCCAUCCCAAUCUACUCAGAUUCUUAGCUCUGCUUCCCAACACAGGAGUUCUCCAAGCUCUGCAUGAAGUGCUCCUCUCAGCUCUGUGGCCUGGGAGUUCUCGAAAUGGCAAUAAGCUGGGGCAGUCAUAAGGCUCACCUUGUUUCCUUCCCCUUCUGUCAGAGACCACUGACCUUUAUUGCCUGAUGUCCAGUACUUUGAAAAACUUAGUUUCCAGGAUUUUGCCUUUUUUGUUGUUUCAGAUGAAAGAAUAAAUUCAUUUUCUAUAUUACCUCAAUGGCUGGAAGCUACACUAAAUUAUCCUUUGAAGUUUAAUUUUUUUAAUUCUUUUAUAUCCAGUUUUUCCAGUGCUCUUCAUUCCUUAAUGUAGUUUCAGAUUUCCAUAUGAUAUCAUUUUCCUUCUGCCUGAAAUACUUUAACAUUUAUGAUAGUGCAGGUCUGCCGCUAUUAAAUUCUUUCAACUUCCGUAUGUCUGAAAAAGUCUUAUUUUGUCUUCAUUUUUUAAAGAUACAUAGAAUUCUAGGUUGACAGGGUAUUUUUUUUCCUUUCAUUACUUUUAAGAUCUUACACUAUUCUAGUUUGCAUUUCUUUCUGCUGCUUUUCUAAUCUUUUUUUUUCUUCCUCUGACUGCGUUUACAAUUUUCUCUAUCUUUAGUUUUAAGCAGUUUGAUAUUAUGAUAUGCUUUGGUGUUGUUUUCUUGUGCCAGGUGUUUGUUGAGUUUCUACUUUUUAGAUUGUGGGUUUAUAGUUUUUAUCAAAUUUAGAGACAUUUUGGCCACUGCAUUUUCAAAUAUUUGUUUGCCUCUUCUCUUUUUGGGGGGACUUUAGGCUUACUGGUGCUUAUUCCUUUUUUUUUCCUUUUUUUUUUUUUUUCAUUCUUCCGCUCUGCAUUUCAUUUUGGAUAGUUUCUAUUCUUAUCAAGUUCAUUGAUCUUCUGCAUUAUUUGUCAUUAAUCCUACCCACUUUAUUUUUUAUCUCAGAUACUGCACAUCUCUAGAAGUUCUAUUUUUAUUUGUUGCCUUUUAUAUUUAAUAUGCUUAUUCUCCUCCUUGAAUAUAUGGGAUAUAGUUAAAUAGCAACUAUAAUAUUCUUCUUUAUUCGGUCCGUCAUCUCUGUCAUUUGUUAGUUUCUAUUGAUUCAUUUCUCUUUCUACUAAGGAUGAUACUUUCUUGCCUCCUUCGUAGGCCUCAUGAUUUUUUGUUAGAUCCCAAGCACUGUGAGUUCUACCUCAUUAAGCACUGGGCUAUUUGCAUUUCUAUAAAUAGGAGCUUUGUCACUGAACACAAUUAAAUUACCUGGAAGGUACUUAGAAACAGUUUGAGCCUUUCAGCCUUCCUUUUAAGCUUUCUUAGGAGGUUCCAGAGCCCUGUUUCUCCAGGACUGAUUUUGCCCCACUCCUCAAGCAGCGCCUUGUGGGUACUCCAGCAGACACUUGCUGGACUGUGAGGUUCACGGUCUGGCUAGUGUAACACAAUCGUCCCAGCCCUCUGUGAGCCCCAGUGAUUGUUUCCUCUGUUCCUCGUGGGUCAGCCUCCCCUCAGACACCUCUCUCUGAUGGUUAGUGCUGGAGUUGGGGUGGGGGGGAGGAUCUCUGCAGAUCUGUGGCUCUCUCAUACUCUGCUCCGUGAACUCUAAGCUCCUGGCUCUCCUGGCUCCCUCUGGGUCUCCCUCCUCACACUGCAGCCCGGAAACUUUUCACACAGAAGCUGAGCAUUUGUUAUUCUUAAGGAACUGCCCUGUACUGCUGGUGUCAGUAUCUGAAAGCGCACACGUUUCAGCUGUUGAGCUGUUUCAGGUUGAAGAGUAAGUCUGGUCCUUGUAUCUCCAUCUCGGUCAUCUUGGUCAUAAGCAGAAGUCCCUUUAUUUGUCUUGUAUUUAAAGUUAUCAAAUCUAAAUGUGAAGAGGAAGGGUAGGAGAGAGAAAGACUGAUAAAAUUUAAUAAAAUCCAAAAUCCCUUUGCAGAAGACUGGGCAGGGUUUUAAUUAUCCCAAGCUUUUAUUGACCUUCAACUCCUUAAACUUUUAAAUGCCUUGGCUUGAAUAUACACAGUAUCACUCAUGUAUAAAACCCUUAUGGCUGCAAUUUACCCUAAGAGUACCACAUAUGUAUGGCAUAAAGGAGGGUAUCAGGUCUAUACAUUUCAAGUGUAUACAUCCCAAAUAUAGUGUAAGGAAAGGAAUCCAGAUUUUUUUUUUUUUUAAACACUUGUCCUGUCACUGAGUAAUCAUGUAUUCUGGCAUAAGCCCAGCCCCUGCCACGGUAUACUCUUCUGUGAAAUUGUUGUCUGAAGAUCAAGCUAUAUAACGUGUAAAAGACUGUAAUAAAAUAUGUUAAACAAA